AUGGCUUUCAAGGUCACGGUCACGCUCCGUGCAAGAAGGGUGGAGAAGUGGAUCCGCGACGUGAAGAGGGACUUUCUCGAUGCCGCAAUGACCAAGUGCGUCGGCUUGGACUGCGAGUUCACCGAUCCUCGCGCGGCGGGUGAUCAGCGCGCCGCCGUCCUUCAACUCUCGGUGGCGUCCGAGACGUUGGUGUUCCAGAUUUGUUAUGCCGAUGAAGUGCCACAAGUGCUCAAGGAGUUCUUGCAGGACGGGAACAUCAAAUUCUUCGGCGCUGCUAUCGGCAAUGAUGUGAAAAUGCUGCAUCACUACGGCAUUCGUAUUACUUCUACGUACGACCUCCAGAAGUUACUCCCCAACCCCACCAACAAGCCCACCCCGAGCCUAUAUGAUCUGGCAAACUAUACCAUUGGGACAAACCUUGAGAAGAAGAAAAAGCAGAAGUACAAGAAGAUGGACGUUGCCGCGCAAGAAAAAGAAGAUGAGCUCGUUUUUGGAUGGGCCAAUUUUCCAUUGAGCUAUGAGCAAGUGCACUAUGCUGCUCUAGACGCUCGCCUAAGCUUCGAAAUUGCUAGGAGACAUUGGAUGCUAGUUGGCUACAAUAGCCAUGUUGACCGUCUCAAUAUUUAG